ACGUAUGAUGGAGGAGGAGGCCCGCUGUCCAGCUAUCCCAACCUGUAGAGAGAUUGAGAGAGGCCAGGAAAACGCCUUGGAGCAUCAAUAGCAUAUGGAUUGGGCGUUGGGGGUCGUGGAAGAGGUAGAAGAGGAGGAGCAGCAGCAACCAGAGCAGGGAGAGGAGAUGGAGCAGCAAGAAGAGGGGGACGAUGUGGUGCAACGAGAGGAGGGAGAGGACAUGGGAGAGGACAUGGAGCAGCAAGAAGAGUGUGAAGACGUGGUGCAACCGCAUGAGGAAGAGGAGAUGGAGCAGCAAGAAGAGGGGGAGGGGAUGGUGCAGCAGGAGUUGCAGCAUGACGUGGUAGAAAAGGCCCACGUAGACAAGCCCCAGUCCACAGCAACAGCUGUGUACACACGUAGGCUACGACCAGCUGACUCUCCGGAGUCUGCAGAUAAGAUACCGAAAUUCCCUGAGAUAAACAAGACUGUCCAACAUGACAACCUGUGGGUGAGCAGGGUGGGCAGGAAGAGAAAGGAGCCAUCACAGGACGCCCCUGCAAAGCCCAAACGUGCUCCGGGCAAAACGAGAAGGGCCGCCUCUCUCCCAGCAACACUAGAAGGUGCUGGUGUAGGCCUCGCUGAGGAGGACAGAGCUCUCAAUUCUGGGCCAACCACUGGUGUAACUGCCAGCUCCUCGUCCUCAGAGCUGGGACCCUCUCAUUCAAUGGCGAUGCCGAGGAAGAGAGAGAAGACAAGAAGUGAAACUAAUAGACCUGCCCCUUCUCCGACGACCACUCCUUCCGCUAACUUCGAUAGGCAACGUCCUGCGCUCUUAAUGUGGGAGGAGACGACACUCCUUGCUCAGGCGCUGCUCUUUCGCUUAUGCGGUGAUGUCAAUCCCAUUCAUUCGAACAUGGAGAUCGCUGCGAAGGCUGGAUUCAACAGGCCAAUCCUUCAUGGACUAUGCACCUUCGGAUAUGCCGCAAGGGCGAUCAUCCGGUGUUGUUGUCCAGGUCAUCCGGAGCGCCUACGGAAACUACACGGCCGAUUUCUUCUUCAUGUGUUUCCGGGUGAGACACUUCGAACAGAGAUCUGGCGGGGAAACAGGACCAGGCACAGCGGUGGCAACCUGGGCGGGGAGGAGGGGGGUGCCGACCACAACCGCGAUGUGGAGCAAGUCACUUUCCGGUGCUCUGUAAAGGAGCAAAACUAUGGUGCAGUCUUGAUGGGAACGGCAGAGUUGAUCUCGCUGCAGGCAAGAUUGUAGAAGCACAACAUGUUGUUUCCGGGAACGAUUGAUCUGCGAACUGCGAGAAGAAGAUAACUGAGUAGCUGAUGGGGCCAUGCAGCCGCCGGUGCUGAACGGGAACCGAUGCAGGGGGUGCGGACGGUGGACCAGAACCAUGAUGUGCAGCAAGUCGCUUUCCGGUGCUCUGUAAAGGAGCGAAACUAUGGUGCAGCCUUGAUGGGAACUUCAGAGUUGAUCUCCUCCCUGCAGGCAAGAUUGUAGAGGCACAACAUGGUGUUUGCGGGAACGAUUGUUCUACGACCUGUUAGAAGACAGACACCCGAGUAGCCGAUGGGGCCAUGAAGCCGCCAGCGCUGAACGGGAAUGAACGUAGUUAACACGU